AUGAAUGGAUGGAUGGAUGCCAAGCUGCGACUUGGUGGGAAUAUUCGUGUGACAAGUUACAAGGCGCGCAAGAACUUGAAGGCGAUGUCAGCUGGAUCGCAAAUAAAGAUGGUGUUUGAACGACAGCGCGAGGUGGAUCUUCGUAGGGACGAAUUCACGGCAGGUUUCUACAGUCGGGGGUCUGUUAACGGACAUUGUGGCAUGCCACCUCGUGCUAGCACAGCCUUCCCGUGA